CCACAUGGGAAUGCCCGUCGCUCUCUGGGUGGCGGGGGAGGGAGGUCGCUGCGCGUGCGUGGCCAGUGGAGCCUGCUUGGAACGGGAGGGAGGAAGCCGCUUGGGAGGAGGUCGCGGCCGCGCAGGCGCAGUGUGGCGGCCGGGCCGAUCCUGUGUGUGUGUGUAUGUGAGAGUCUGACGGGUUCAAAAUGGCGGCGGCUGCUCCUGUAAAAGGACAAAGGAGAAGAAGAGACCUGGAGGAAGAGGAGGAAGACAGUAGCCCCGGAGUGUCCUUCUCACUCUCUUCAGAAGAGUCAGAGAUGGAGCCUGAGGAAGAGAGGAUCCGUUACAGCCAAAGAUUGCGUGGCACAAUGAGGCGGCGCUAUGAAGAUGAUGGCAUCUCGGAUGAUGAAAUUGAAGGAAAGAGGACAUUUGACCUGGAGGAGAAACUGUCCACAAACAAAUUCAAUGCCAACUUCGUCCUCUUUAUGGAAGGCAAAGACUUCAAUGUUGAGUACAUCCAGCGGGGUGGCCUGAGAGACCCUCUGAUUUUCAAGAACUCCGAUGGGCUUGGAAUAAAGAUGCCAGAUCCUGACUUCAGUGUGAAUGACGUGCGACUGUAUGUAGGGAGCCGGCGGAUGGUGGAUGUCAUGGAUGUGAACACGCAAAGGGACAUUGAGAUGUCCAUGGCACAGUGGGCACGCUACUAUGAGACCCCAGAGGAGGAGCGGGAGAAAUUGUAUAAUGUCAUCAGCUUGGAGUUCAGUCACACAAGGCUGGAGAACCUGGUGCAGAGACCUGCUACGGUGGAUUUGAUCGACUGGGUCGACAACAUGUGGCCAAGACACCUAAAGGAGAGUCAAACAGAGUCUACAAAUGCCAUUCUGGAGAUGCAGUAUCCCAAGGUGCAAAAGUACUGUCUGAUGAGUGUUAAGGGCUGCUACACAGAUUUCCACGUGGACUUUGGCGGCACCUCUGUUUGGUACCACAUCCACCGAGGGGGAAAGAUCUUCUGGCUGAUCCCGCCAACGCCCCAGAACCUGGAGCUCUACGAGAAUUGGCUGCUGUCAGGGAAACAGGGGGACAUCUUUCUUGGUGACAAAGUGUCAGACUGUCAACGAAUUGAGCUCAAGCAGGGCUACACGUUCGUCAUCCCCUCAGGUUGGAUCCAUGCUGUGUAUACUCCCACUGACACUUUGGUUUUCGGGGGCAAUUUCCUGCACAGCUUCAACAUCCCCAUGCAGCUACGGAUCUACAACAUUGAAGACCGCACAAGGGUCCCAAAUAAGUUUCGCUACCCCUUCUACUAUGAGAUGUGUUGGUAUGUGCUGGAACGCUAUGUUUACUGCAUCACCAGUCACUCCCACCUGACCAAGGACUUCCAGAAGGAAUCACUCAGCAUGGAUAUGGAGUUGAGCUGCUUGGAGCCGGGGAACAUGGAUGAAGAGGACGAUGCAGCAGGGAGGGACCCCAGGCGCCCAGUCACCAGACGAUCAAUUCUCACAAGCCCUGUAGCUAACGGUGCCAACCUAGACUAUGAUGAUCUAAGCAGAGGCUGCAGGAGCCUGCCAGGCCUCAAGAGAACUCUGUCUAUGGACUCCUCUGACUCCAGCCGGGGCUCCCACAAUGGUCAGGCCUGGGAUCCCCAUGGCAGCAGUCCUUUCAAGUACAGGAAGGUGCAUCUGACCCAGUUUGAACUGGAAGGUCUACGCUGCCUGGUGGACAAGCUGGAGUCGCUGCCUCUGCACAAGAAAUGUGUCCCCACGGGCAUAGAGGAUGAGGACGCCCUCAUUGCUGACGUUAAGCUGCUGCUGGAAGAGCACGCGAACAGCGACCCAAAACUGGCACUUACAGGAGUCCCUAUCAUCCAGUGGCCCAAGAGAGACAAGCUAAAGCUCCAGGCCCGGCCGAAGGUGCGCCUGCCCACCAUCCCCAUCACCAAGCCUCACACCAUGAAGCCAGCCCCACGCCCGGCACCUGUAAGGCCCACAGUGUCUCCGAUAGUGUCAGGAGCACGACGGAGGCGGGUGCGGUGCCGUAAAUGCAAGGCCUGCAUGCAGGGCGAGUGCGGCAUGUGCCACUACUGCAGGGACAUGAAGAAGUUUGGGGGGCCUGGUCGCAUGAAGCAGUCCUGUGUCCUCCGGCAAUGCCUAGCGCCCAGGCUGCCUCACUCAGUUACGUGCGCGCUUUGCGGGGAGGUGGAUCAGAAUGAGGAUUCGCAGGACUUUGAGAAAAAGCUCAUGGAAUGCUGCAUCUGCAACGAGAUAGUUCACCCUGGCUGCCUGCAGAUGGAUGGGGAAGGGCUGCUGAAUGAUGAAUUGCCCAAUUGCUGGGAGUGUCCAAAGUGCUACCAGGGUGAUGAGUUGGAGAAGGGCCAGAGAGCCUGUCAACAAGCAAACUCCAGCAUCCUGCAGAAGAAACGACUCCUCAAAGGGCACUGGCACCCAGACCCUGCCACCAAGCAGCGAGCAGACUAUGUGCGGCGCCGGCUGGCCAAGUGGAGGCUGGCAGCGCUGCCUAGGCAGCAGAACUACGGUUACCAGCUCAUACGUAGAACUGUGCCUGUUGCCCCAGAGAGCAGUGUCCCAGCAGAGGCAAGCAAGAAGCGGAAGAUAGAGGAGAGCGACGAGGACACAGUGCAGGCCAAAGUCCUGCGACCCCUGCGGAGCUGCGAGGAGCCCCUGACACCCCCACCGCACUCGCCCACCUCCAUGCUGCAGCUGAUCCAUGACCCGGCAUCACCGCGGGGUGUGGUGACGCGCUCAUCCCCGGGGGCUGGCCCCAGUGACCACCACAGCGCGAGCAGGGAUGAGCGCUUCAAGCGGCGGCAGCUGCUGCGGCUCCAGGUCACGGAGCGCACUAUGGUGCGGGAGAAGGAGAACAACCCUAGUGGCAAGAAGGAGCUGUCAGAGGUGGAGAAGGCCAAGCUGCAUGGCUCCUACCUCACGGUCACACUGCAGAGGCCCGCCAAAGACCUGCACGGCACUUCCAUCGUGCCCAAGCUGCAGGCCAUCACCGCCUCCUCCACUAAUCUGCGGCACUCUCCCCGCGUGGUAGUGCGCCACUGCCCGGCCAGGACGCCCCAGCGGGCUGGGGAGGAGGAGGCAGCAGACGAGGAGGAGGCAGCAGACGAGGAGGAGGAAGAGGAAAGCGUGGAGGAGGGCGGGGCGGCCCGGCUGAAUGGCAGAGGCGGCCGAGCGCAGGACGGCGAGGAGAGCUGGAUGCAGCGCGAGGUGUGGAUGUCCGUCUUCCGCUACCUCAGCCGCAGAGAGCUCUGCGAGUGUAUGCGGGUGUGCAAGACUUGGUACAAAUGGUGCUGCGACAAGAGAUUGUGGACGAAGAUUGACUUGAGCAGGUGCAAGUCCAUCACUCCCCAGGCCCUGAGUGGCAUCAUCAAGAGGCAGCCGGUCAGCCUCGACCUUAGCUGGACCAAUAUCUCCAAAAAACAGCUCACCUGGCUUGUCAACAGGCUGCCAGGCCUGAAAGACCUCAUCUUAGCAGGCUGUUCCUGGUCUGCAGUCUGUGCGCUCAGUACCUCCAGCUGCCCCCUUCUCAGGACCCUCGAUCUUCGGUGGGCAGUAGGAAUCAAGGACCCUCAGAUCCGGGACUUGCUCACACCUCCCACAGACAAACCCAGUCAAGACAAUCGCAGCAAACUCCGUAACAUGACAGACUUCCGGCUAGCUGGUCUGGACAUCACCGAUGCCACGCUCCGGCUCAUCAUCCGCCAUAUGCCCCUGCUCUCACGACUCGACCUUAGUCACUGCAGCCACCUUACGGACCAGUCGGCCAACCUCCUAACGGCCGUGGGGUCUUCCACACGCAACUCGCUCACAGAGAUCAACAUGGCAGGUUGCAAUAAGCUGACAGACCAGUCACUGCUGUACCUGCGGCGCAUCUCCAACCUCACCCUGAUCGACCUGCGAGGCUGCAAGCAGAUUACCCGCAAGGCCUGCGAGCAUUUCAUCUCAGACCUGUCCAUCAGCAGCCUCUACUGCCUGUCCGACGAGAAGCUGAUCCAGAAAAUCAGCUAGAGACCAACCCCAGGCAGACUGAGGAGAAGGAAAGAUCCCACCCCAUCCCUCUCGGAGAGGCGCUCCUCCUCCCCAGCCCUGUCCUGCUGUGAGGCCAACAUCAUGCACUCCUCCAUCACCCACCUCCACAGGCAGGGCAGUGGCCAGCCCCACUCCACUGGGUCUCCUCCUCCUCCUCUUCCUGGGACUUCGGCAGGGGAAGGGGGUCCUGCCAGGCUGACCCAUAGCUGAGGAGGAAUGGGCUGUGGCCAGGGGAGCUUGUUCUGGAGCCUGGCUGCUGUUAGUCUGAGGUUGUGCAGAGGUAUCCGCGCAGGGAAACGUGCCCCUCUUUUCUCCCUGCCUUGGCACCCCAAAACAGAUUUCACUUCCUACUCAGCAUGGGCAAGGGGAGUGUCCUCCCCCUGGAAAAGUGAUUGGAGCUGGAUGGUAUGAAACGAGCGUGCCUGGUCUCUCCAGUAGCACCGUCACGUGUGGCUAUUGGACCUGUGGCUUAUCAUACUUGGCACACAUGCCACAGCUCUGCCCCCUGAGCUUUUCCUCCUCUUGGCCUUGCCUCACUAAAGUGACUGGGGUUUGCAUCCUGCAGCUUGUAUGUAGAGGGCAAGAGCCCCAUGGCAAUGGGUUCUCAAGGCUAGGUGUCUCCCAUGGCUAGCCAAGCUUCCACUCCAGAGCAGCGCUAGCCUGCUCAGAGCACCAUCUAUCCACACCCCCAUGAGGAUGAGUGUCUAGCCCUUCUGGAAGGGCUGGGGGUGGGUGUCUGCAGAGGCCAGGUCCAUCAGAGCUCAGGGAGGACUCAAAAGGUUUCCAGAGGGGUUUCUAGAUCCUGCACAGGUGGGCUGCAUGCUCUCCCACCCCCUGGGACAGGCUAGUAUCACUGAGCACUCUGGGAUGCUGCGACCAGAGGAGAGGAUCCUUCUCCAUCUUGUCACCCAGCGUGUAGCUGUCGGCUCUCGACCUGGGAGAUGUGGAGGGGGGGCAUGAAAGUCCCCAUCCCCCUACCCCUUUAGCUGCCACUUUUCCUUUGCAAUGAAUGGUCGGUCCAAAGAACCCUCUCUCUUGGGCAGCAGAGAGCUUUUUGCACUUUAAAAAGAAAGGUUGGAAUCUUAUUUUGGGUCAUUUAUUUCCCCUCCUCCCCAAAAGUGACUGGACGCUCCCCUGACUGACUGAGCUUGUCGAUGUUUAAUGCACAGUUUGCACUCUGCUCUCUUCCUGCCCCCCAAAUCCCCUCCUUCUAAGCAUACUGAUAGCACAAAACCAGCCUGCCACGUGUUCCCCCAGCCCCUCUCCAGCCUUACAGGGGAAAAAGGAACUCUAAGCA